AUGGCCGACGUUGCUACCAACAACCCUACGAUGGACGUGCAAACCACUAACGGAGAACCUCGCAGCAAUGCAGAAGCGAAGAAACUCAUGCGGGAAGACAAGCAGCGCGAGGCAAAGAUUGAGGAACAGCUGUCCAAGGCACUGAGUGGUAUGACGCUGGACGAAAAGUAUGCAGCCGUGCACAAACGGUUGGUUGAUUCGGAGAAAGAAAACCGUCGCCUGGUGGCACUGCACAAGCAGUACGAUCGAACGCUGGAAGCGUCCAAGCGUGAGAAGGAAAAUCUCAUUCUCGAGCACGACAAAAUGGCCAUGACCAAGACGAAGCUGGAAGGGUUAUGCAGGGAGCUGCAGCGUCAGAACAAAACGAUCAAGGACGAAAGCCUGGCACAGAUACAUCAGGAGGAAGAGAAGCGGAAACAGACGCAAGAAAAGUUCCAACAGUCGCUGAACGAAAUACAGGCCGUCAUGAACGAGAACAAUGACAAGAACAUGAAGCUAAAGGAGGACAACAUGGAAAUGGCAAAAAAGUUCAAGUUUAUCCUGGAGCAGUAUGAGCUUCGCGAUCAGCAGAUGGAUAAAAUGAACAAACAGAUGGAACUGGUCACCCAGCUAAACGAUGCCAAGCUAGCCAAGCUACAAAUGCAGGCGAACGGCGAAAAGGAACAGUUCCUUGCAGAGAAGCUAGUGCUAAUGACUGAUCUGCAGAAGGUGAAAAAGCAGCUGGCCGAUCUGCAAACUGUUGAGACGCAUCUACGCGGACAGGUCAACAUGUACUCCGACAAGUACGGCGAGUUCCAGGAUUCGCUGAAGAAAAGCAGAAGCAUUUACGAGGGGUAUCAAGAAGACAUGAAAAAGAUGUCGAAAAAAAUGAAAACCCUCGAAAAGGAAACCAUGGCAUGGAAGUCGAGAUGGGAAACGAGUAAUGCCACCGUGCAGAAGAUGCUGGACGAACAGAUCGAUCGUGAAAAGCAGCUCACAAAAACGACCCGUCAGCUGUGUAAUUUGCAAAAACUUUGCCGCACACUGCAGGCUGAACGGGCCACAUAUUUGGCUGCGCUAAAGGAAGGCAACAUACCGAUACCGUCCGAAGUGUCAGACCAAGCGGACCAGGAUAAAGCAACCGGCGAAAAGAUCGAAAGCGUGCAGCAGGAGGUGCCGACCAAAAAGCCCCAAACCAAUGACAAUCCAGUGAAUGGCCAUGGGACGGCUACUGAUGAUACAGCAACACCCGUAACGGAGGACCAAACGAAAGUGACGGAAUUACCCGCGUCAACGUAG